AUGUCUCUGUGUAACUUAAAAGCUUGCAUACACGACCUGUUCCAUCAGAUGUAUUGAUCUAAUGAAAACAGCACCACCCCCAUCUUUUUUCCAUCUCAUUAAGGUAAUUUAGGUGGGAAUGAGCUGGUGGGCCUAAAACCCAAUGUUGUAAACUCCACUUGGGUACCACUAAGGAGCACAGCAAGGUUGGAGUGGGCCCUGGGACAAGAAAUGAAGAUGGGCCCGUUUAAUUAUAGCCACGCCCCGGGUAUCAGUUGGCAGUGACGCUCAUUGUCUCCUCCCCAAAACGUCUCUGAGGCUGCAAUCCUAAAUGCACGCUUCCUUGGAAGUAAGCCCAAUUGAUCUCAAUGGGGUUUCCUCCUGUGUAAUCACGCACAGGAUUGUCCCGAGAUGAACAACAGAGCCUUGCUCAUCUCUGUGCGGCUACAGCUGCCUGCAAGCAUCUCCCACCCGGCACGGAAGGGACGUCAGACAGCAACAGAAAGGAGGAGCGAGAGGGGAACAGAGAAGCCGCCGGCACGAAACCCGGCCUCGUCCUCCUGCAUGACUUUCUGAUUACCUCGGAGGAAGAGGACAACGGGGCCUGGCACCGGCGGCAGUAACCUGCAGCUGCCUCCGGGUGCCUGCAACAUUAGCUCUGCCCCGACGGCAGAGGAGGUUCGACGAUUUACUCAAGAGACAGACCCCGCCCCCGCCGCCUGUUGGGCCUGUCUGCCUUUGUCCCCCACCACGCCUCCCUGUGGCCACUCGUGCGGUCUGCUGCUCUCUUGGAUGGAAGCAUGGUCAAGAAACGGAAAAACGCCCUGCAGCUGGAGCUGGAGGCGGCGAACAAGAAACUCAGGCGGGAGGCUGCAGUCACUGUUGCUGCUUCGGGUCCUAAAAGCCACGAGCAGCUAGAGGAUGAUUUCGAAGAGGAAAAACCCAACAAGAAAAAAAGGCUGCCCGAAGUCAAAUCAGAAAAAAAGAAGGAAAAAGACUGUGAGGGGAAUGUCCAUCGCCCGUCCUGUGGAAAUUCAAGGCAGAAAGCAACAAUAUCAAAAGUGAAAGUGGAAAAGAGUAGAGGUGUAGAAAGUAAAGGGAUCUGUAAAAAGGGCGGGAAAUGCAGAAGUUUGCAGAACACUCCUUUAAAGGAGGAGAGACAUGAAAAAAGAGAAUUGGCUAUUAAAAAGAAAGAGGAGGAAGAGGAUGACAGGGUUGAAGACGAUGAUGAAAGUGAGGAUGAGUGGGAAGAUGUGGAAGAAUUUCAUGAGCCUGAAAUAGAGAUGUUGAAAGAUGUUGUUCUGCUUCCAGAGCCAGCGAUACCCAACAAAACAGUUGAGAUAGAAAUUGAGACACCAGAGCAGGCAAAGAAAAGAGAAAGACGAGAGAAAAGGCAAUCUGAGUUUGAGACGUAUCUCCGUAGAAUGAUGAAACGCUUCAACAAGGAAGUUCAUGAAGAUAUGCACAAGGUUCACUUGUUGUGCUUGUUAGCAAAUGCUUUCUUUCGGAACACAAUCUGCCUUGAACCAGAUCUCCAAGCUAUUGGCCUUUCUAUCAUCCCCACCUACUUUACUAAAGUGCCUGCAGGUCGUGUAGACUCCCUGUACCUCUCAAACCUUGUGAAAUGGUUUGUUGCAACCUUCACUGUCAACAGUGAGCUUUCUGACAAUGAAGAAACUUGGCAGUCCACCUUAGGAAGGCGCUUUGCGCUCUAUGCUGCACGGAAUGAUGAAGAAUUGGUGCAUAUAUUUUUACUUAUUCUCCGAGCCUUGCAGCUAAUGUGUCGGCUUGUGUUGUCUCUACAACCCAUUCCUCUGAAACAGCCAGCAGAAAAGGGAAAGCCCUCCUCCAAGAAACGCUCGGUCACUAUAGUUUCUGACAAGUCAGGUGGCUCUUCCAAAAAGCCUAAAGUUGCAUCGAGAAAAUGCACAGGGCUUAAGAGCAAGCAAGAGACAGACCAAGCAAAGAUUGUAUCAAGGAGCGAAGAAGCUGACAAGAAAGCAAGCCCUUCUGGAGCCCAAAGGACAAUAAAUAAAUCUACGGAACCUAAGGAUGCUCGGAAACAAAAGGCAUCUGGUGAUGGUGAGAGCAAACUGAGGGGAAAAGAAGGGCUGGGGAAGCCCAAAAAUGACCGCCAACGAAGAGUGGCCUCAAAAGUGUCGUAUAAAGAGGAGAGUGGGAGUGAUGAUGGCAGCGACUCUGAAUUCCUGGCUUCAGAGGAAGAUGAGGAUGAUAGUAAUAUCUCUGAUGAGGACUUUGAGACUCCCCGUAGGAAGCAGAGGUUGUCCCUGGGAACCUCUAAAGCAAGAGGAGCUGUUAACAACAGGCAAAAAUCUACACCUUCAAUGCCAAAAGUAUCCAAAAAAGUAAAGACUGUUGAGAAAGUAGCAACCCCAAGUUCUUCAAACCCUUCAAAGAAAAGGAACAAAAUCAUCUCUAGUGAUGAUGGUGAUGGAGAGCAAGAGCCAGUUAAAGAGAGAGGCACAGACCAGUGGGUGGAGGUUUUCCUUGAACGGGAAGAUAAAUGGGUGUGUGUGGACUGUGUUCGUGGCACUGUAGGGCAGCCUCUGCUUUGCUUCAAAUAUGCCACAAAGCCAGUCUGCUACAUCAUUGGUAUUGACAAUGAAGGCUGUGUGAAGGACGUAACACAAAGGUAUGAUUCUGCAUGGAUGACCUCAACGAGGAAAUGUCGUGUGGAUGCCCAGUGGUGGGAGGAUACUUUGGAGCCAUAUAGAAGUCCUUUUGUGGAACGAGAGAAAAAAGAAGAUGUAGAGUUUCUAGUGAAACUCCAAGACCAGCCCCUUCCAACAGCCAUCGGGGAAUACAAGAAUCACCCACUUUAUGCCUUGAAAAGGCAUCUCCUUAAAUAUGAAGCCAUCUAUCCUGAGACGGCUGCUAUACUAGGAUAUUGCCGAGGGGAGGCUGUGUACUCCAGAGACUGUAUCCAUACGCUGCACUCCAAGGACACCUGGCUGAAGCAAGCUCGCGUGGUGAGGAUUGGAGAAGUGCCCUAUAAGAUGGUCAUAGGCUACUCCAACCAGGCACGGAAGGCACGAAUGGCAGAACCUGCCAACCGGGACAAAAAGGACUUGCCACUCUUUGGUCUCUGGCAGACAGAGGAAUUCCAGCCUCCUGUGGCAGUGGAUGGAAGGGUUCCUCGAAAUGAAUUUGGAAAUGUGUAUCUUUUCCAGCCAAGCAUGUUACCAAUUGGCUGUGUGCAGCUAAAGCUUCCUAAUCUUCAUAGGGUGGCGCGUAAAUUGGACAUUGACUGUGUUCCAGCUGUGACAGGAUUUGAUUUUCAUGGUGGCUACUCACACCCAGUCACUGAAGGUUAUGUAAUCUGUGAAGAGUACAAAGAGGUGCUUGUUGCAGCCUGGGAGAAUGAAGAAGCAGAGAGGGAAAAGAAAGAAAAGGAGAAGCGGGAGAAGAAAGUGCUGGGAAACUGGAAAUUGUUAACGAAAGGUCUUCUGAUUAAAGAGAGGCUGAAAACACGCUAUUCUGCUAAGAAUGAGCCAGCCAUGCCAGAAAAAGGAGCUGGGUUCUCCUCUGAUGAGGAAGGACCAAGUUCAGAGACUCCAGCAGGGUCCACAGCUGUUUCCUGGCCCCAGAAUCGACAAGCAGAAAAACAGAGUGAAAGAGAAAAAAGAAUAAGAAAGAGCAAAAGGGAAAAGAAAGGAGAAGCAAAACACUUGUUCCCAUUUGAGAAGCUGUAACCAGAAUGCCAUGAAAAGCAAGACUUUUGGAUUGCAUACUGUCAUACCAAACGAAAACAUGUUUGCUUUUGUUCAAGCAACCUGUAAAUAGUUUCAGGCUUAGAAAAUAUUUUUAUAUUUGUGGCAAGCUAGAAACUUAGGCUUGAAUCAGUAUAUAAAUAGAGCAAUGUUUAACUGCAAGUAAAAAAAUAGUUCCAAUGAGAAUAAAUAAGGGGACUAGUAGGAACCUCUGCAAGUCUAGGCCAAAACAUAUAUGCUUUAUUCCAUAAUAUGGUUCCAAGUGUGAGUGGUCUUGAAGAAUUCAAAAUUAGGCAUGUUUUAUUAUCCUCUCACUAAGCUGUGAGGGUCUUCCUUUUAUCUGUCGAGUUAUGAGGGACAGAUUUGUUAGAUGGGUUUAGUGGCUGACAAACCACAACAUUCUGUGUGCCUUUUAAUGAAACACGUGCACAGUUGCACAAGAGUGUUCUUGUGCAAACGCAAUAAUUGCACAAAUGCGUGAUGAACAGCCAUUAUUUCCAGUGGUCUUCCAAUGUGCAACUGCCUUUGCACAAUUCUUGCAUUUGCGCAAGAGUGCUCUUGUGCAACUGUGCACAUGUUUCAUUAAAAGGCACACAAAGUGCUCUUCACAUUUUGAGCAGACACCUUGUGCACUUUCUUUUCCCUUGCAUAUUCUUGUAAUUCUUCCAGGAGCAUCACUGUGUUAAAAGUGACUCACUCACACUCUCUCUCUCCUUUUGCGGUUUUCCUUCCUUGAAAAAUAGUUUGCAAUGGCAGCUGCUUGAAGGUGGGGUAAAUAGUGCCCUUUUCUUGUGAACAGUUAAUCUUUUUUUGUUUUGUUUUGUUUGAGGAUAUGGUGAAGUUGUCCACACUUAGGAUGAAUCCCCUGGGUCAUUCUCCUGCACAAGCCCCAUAGACAUAAAUGGGACCAGGGUGAGACCGUGAUUGUACUCUUUGCACAGCUCCCUUUCAUUUCAUUGUACUGCAGAACUCCCAGUGGAUUGCACUCUUAGUCUUAUCAACACAAAUGUGAACCUGUUCCCCUAGAAUUAAAAAGUAUCAUGGGAUCUUUGUAGGGGCCUUCUUUUUGAGAAUAUUUAGUUUUUGUCUCCCUUCCCCCUUCCUUCACAGAUAAAUCUUACGGGUCAUGUUGAUUUUUACAUAGUGAUCACUUUAAAGUUACUCUAGUCCCAGAGCCAAUUGAGUUAAUUCAGUCUAAAUGGGAUUUACUUGCACAUAAAUAUUUGUUUGCAAUCUGCCUUUUUACGCAUGUACACACAUAAUGAUCGUUAUAUAGUUGGCCUCUUGGCUAUUUAGACUGCUUUGAUUAAUACACAUUUUUACUGCACAGAAAUGUUAACUACACCUGCAGUUUUACACAAAACCUUUAAGUACAUAUUUUAAUUGACCUAGAUUUUGUACUAUUUUUAAAAAUACCCAUUUGAACUGAGUGGAUCUAGUCUUAGCACUUUAAAAAUGUUCAGAAAAAAUAUUUUUAUACUGAAUCCUUGGCAAAAAAUAAAAGCUUUAAUGAAACCUA